CCGCCCGUCUGCCCGGGCCCCCGGCCCCAGCGCCAGCCCGCCCCGGCCCGGCCCUCACAGCACAUGUGCUGUCACUCAGCCAGGCCACCGGCUUAUUUUAGCUCGCAGCUCAGGCGCUCGCUCGCACAGAGGGAGCCCCGGGCACUGUGGCCCCGAGCUGGCCAGCUCCCACUCCCGGACCCAGCGGCCCCUCUCCUGGCCCUCGGCCUGCUCCGGGCUCCCGGUGGGAUGGACGCAGCCCUCCUCUUCUCCCUCUGCCUCCUGGCCCAGGGUCUCAGCCUUUCCAUGGGGAUGACUGUGCUUCCUAGCCCCCUUUAUCUCUGGCGACAUCCAACGGGGCUGAAUCGAGUUCGGAGAGCCUGGGUCAUCCCGCCCAUCAGCGUGUCAGAGAACCACAAGAAGAUUCCCUACACCCUGGUGCAGAUCAAGUCGGAUAAACAACAACUGGGCAGCGUCAUCUACAGCAUCAAGGGCCCGGGGGUGGAUGAAGAGCCUUUCGGAAUCUUCUCCAUCGAUAAGUUCUCGGGCAAGGUGUUCCUCAAUGCCAUGCUGGACCGAGAGAAGACAGACCACUUCAGGCUAAAGGCCUUCGCCCUGGAUCUGGGAGGGUCCACGCUAGAGGACCCGACUGACCUGGAGAUUGUGGUGGUGGAUCAGAAUGACAACCGGCCCGUCUUCCAGCAGGAGAUAUUCAUCGGUCAUGUCCUAGAGGGGGCCAUCCCAGGCACCUAUGUAACAAAGGCCGAAGCAACGGAUGCUGAUGACCCAGACACAGACAAUGCAGCACUGAGGUACUCGAUUCUGGACCAGGGCAAGACAGAGCAUUUCAGCAUCGAUGAGCAUACAGGGGAGAUCCGAACCGUACAAGUCGGGCUGGAUAGAGAGGUGGUCGGAGUAUACAACCUGACACUGCAGGUGGCUGAUAUGUCUGGGGACGGCCUCACCAACACCGCCACAGCCAUCAUCUACGUGGAUGACAUCAAUGACAAUGCCCCAGAGUUCACCAAGGAGGAGUUCUCCAUGAGAGCCGACGAGGCCGUCGGUGGCCUAGACGUGGGGAGGCUCGAAGUUCAGGACAAGGACCUACCCGGCUCUCCCAACUGGGUGGCCAAGUUCACCAUUCUGGAGGGAGACCCCACUGGGCAGUUUGCUAUUCGUACAGACCCCAAGACCAACGACGGCAUCCUGUCCGUGGUGAAGCCCUUAGACCACGAGAGCAGAGAGCAGUACCAGCUUCGGGUGUCCGUGCAGAAUGAGGCCCCCCUGCAAGGGACUGCCCCCAAGGCUGCCCGAGGCCUCGCCACAGUGACCGUGGAGGUGCAGGAUGUGAACGAGCCUCCCGUCUUCCACACCAACCCUCUUCGAGCCAGUGUGGCCGAGGGGGCUCCUCCUGGGACUGACGUCACCACCUUCUUUGCCCGGGACCCAGACACCCAGCGACAUCAGAGUAUCAGGUACUUCAAAGACUAUGAUCCCGAGGACUGGCUCCGAGUGGACCGUGCCACUGGCCGGAUCCAGACCAAGCGUGCGAUCAACCCAGCCUCACCCUUCCUCAAAGAUGGCUGGUACCGUGCCAUCAUCCUGGCCAGUGAUGACGCCUCCCCGGCUCGCACGGCCACCGGCACCCUCUCCAUAGAGAUUCUGGAGGUCAACGACCACGCGCCUCUCCUGGCUUCACCAACCGGUACCCUGUGCAGUGACCCGGGCCAGGGGUCUGGCCUCAUCCUCAGUGCUACAGAUGAGGACUUACCUCCACACGGGGCUCCCUUCCACUUCCAACUGAGUCCCAGCUCCCCUGAACUGGCAAGAAACUGGAGCAUCAGCCAGCUCAAUGUGACUCAUGCCCGGUUACGCCUGCGGACGGAGGCCCAGGAGGGUCUGUACAGCCUGGCCCUCCUGCUCCAGGACUCGGGGCAGCCCCCCCAGCAGCUCGAGCAGCUGCUCAAUGUAACUGUGUGUCGCUGUGGGGAGGCCGGGGUCUGCACUCCGGGGGCAGCCGCCCUUCUGGCCGGGGGAGCCGGCAUCGGCCUGAUGGCCCUCGUCAUUGUCCUGGCCAGUGUCAUCCUUCUUCUCUUGCUCAUAUUGCUGGUGGCCAUCUUGGAGCGCUCUCGCCAGCGAGUCCGGGAGAAGGGGUUGUUGGACGGGCUGCAGGAUGAUGUCCGGGACAAUAUCCUCAACUAUGAUGAGCAGGGAGGUGGAGAAGAGGACCAGGAUGCCUAUGACAUAAACCAGCUUCGUCAUCCUACAGAGCUGAUGCCUCAGACCUCCUUUCGGGGAAGACAGCCUCUGAGAAAGGACACGCCCUAUCACCGGGUCCCUCCCCAGCCCUCCCGGGCCCUGCCCACAAGCCCCUCAGACAUUGCUGACUUCAUCAGUGAUGGUCUAGAAGCCGCUGACAACGACCCCAGCGUCCCGCCCUAUGACACGGCGCUCAUCUACGACUAUGAGGGAGAAGGCUCUCUGGCAGGAACGCUCAGCUCUAUCCUGUCGAGCCUGGGAGAUGAGGACCAGGAAUAUGACUACCUCAGGGACUGGGGUCCCAGAUUCACUCGGCUGGCGGACAUGUACGGGCACUGAGGGGCUGGGAGGACUUGGGGGAUGGAGCAGGGGAGAGAAAGCUGAAAGAUUCCCUCCCCGAGGGGAAGGGGAGCAGGGGAGGAGAGGAGGGAGAGGAGGGCCGGAGGGGGGGUGGAGAGGCUCAGCGUGGUACCCCUUGCUGGGGGCGCAGACAUUCCUGAGUUUGAGAGGCCCUCUCUUCCAUCCAUCCCAGGGCGCUUCCUGAAAGCCAGGGCAGCCUUAUCCUUUACCCUGAGCUCUACCCACUGCUCCCUCCCUCUUUGGACCCAGGUGGGGUGCUCUAGAUGGGGCCAAGAGCACUAAGGAAAAGCAAGCUGUGGGUCACCCUGUGGUCUCCUCAGAGCCCGCCAGAGGCCCAACUCUCCAGGGGAAACUCCUUUGCCUCCCAUAGCCUCAUCCUGAGGCUUCAAAGAAUUCCCUCAGGGCUACAGGGAGGGAGCAGGGCUCCUUUAAGAGAAAGUCAGGGUUCAUUCAAGGUUCCAGCCAUACCCAAUCAUUGGAUUGGACUUGCCUUAUUCUUAGAAGGUCGGGGUGCUGUAUGGUACCCCAAGCUCUCCUGAAGAAGCAAAAUCUCCAUGGUGCUAUUAGGUUAAACCUUCUAGGAGCAAUAUAAGAGGUAUCCAAAAGCCAAGAUAAAUGAUGGAAAUCAGAGACAUUCUCUUGGAUGGGGAAGUGCUGAACUGAGCCAAGCCAGACUGGGCCUCGGAGGGGCAUCCCACCUGGCUGCCCAGACAUGAGAAGGUUGGGCCAUCCCCUCCUCCCAACCCUUCCCCUGCUCCCAGGCAUGUCUAGGACCUUUCUGUGAAAUUCCUCCUCCCAUCCUCCCCCAGUGUUUGCCCCACCGUGUUGCAAAGUGUUUUGUAUAAGAGGAAUUAGCUGCAUGAUGCAGUUUGAAUUAAAAAAAAAAAAGCAGCCUUAGAGACAUUUCUACAUAAGACUUAGGAUCUCCUAGAACAAGGUCGCACCAAAGACCAAGUGCAUGCUCACUGACCUCCCCCUGAAACACCACUGGAAUGAGAGGAGGAAGAAAUGGGGUCCUGGAAGGCCUAGCGAGAAAGCCAGAAAAGAGGAUGCAGAGGGCACUUCCCCAGGGGAAGAAUGGAGAAGACAGUGGUUCUCAUGGCACUUUUAAGCAAGGAGGGGAGAGAGAAGCCAGGGCCACCUCGAACCCAGUCAGACAGCAGGACAUUCUGCCCCAGAAAGAAAGCCUAUUACUUGGGGCUGAGGGUUUCCAAGGCAAUCCCCAGAGUGACAAGAGGGCGGCCAAGACAGCAUUUGUCUGCCUCUGAUUGAGAAAAGGCUUAGUUUGUCCAGAAUCUGGGUUCCAGGUAAUCUGGGCAUCUCUGUCCUACCCUAGGGAGCUCAGAGCCCUCCAGGGGACAGCGACUGGCCUUCAGAGGCCUCCUUUACCCCUCAACCCCAUCCAGAAAACAGGUGAGCUGGUGAGGAGGAGAGCAGGCAG